CGCUCCGCCCCAGCUCUCCUGAGGCGGCCGUACAAUCCUCGGCAGUGUCCUGAGACUGUAUGGUCAUCUCAGCAGCCGCGCCCGCCUGGUCCCGGACUCCUACCAACUCCCGCCGUCCAAGCCACUUUCUUUUCUUUUUCUUCUUCUUCUUUUUUUAAACUCAGAAAAGUGACUCCUGUCCAAGGAGAAAAGGAACUUUGAUUCUCUUCUCGCCGCUCUCUUUUCGCCUGUGACAACCUCCUCCCACUCCUUUCGCCGACUCCGCCUCCUUGUGCAGGUUCCUCCCUGUCACCUCUCUCCACCCCUCCCCCGCACUUAGCCAGACGCCCGCAAACUUCCACCUGACUGUGCGGGACGCUUGGACCUGCGAGCACCAAGGACCUUUCAUACCCGCCCGGGUCUCAGGGAGCAGACGAGGGCCACAGGGAAGGCAGCGUUUGCAGCCCCCACCGACCGGGAAGCCCAGGUGUUCGACGACUCCAAGAGCCAUAGCCACGAUGACAGCUGACAAGGAGAAGAAAAGGAGCAGCUCAGAGAGGAGGAAGGAGAAGUCCCGAGAUGCUGCGAGGUGCCGGCGCAGCAAGGAGACGGAGGUCUUCUAUGAGCUGGCCCAUGAGCUGCCCCUGCCCCACAGCGUGAGCUCCCACCUGGACAAGGCCUCCAUCAUGCGCCUGGCCAUCAGCUUCCUGCGAACACACAAGCUUCUGUCCUCAGUUUGCUCUGAAAAUGAGUCUGAAGCCGAGGCUGACCAGCAGAUGGAUAAUUUGUACCUGAAAGCCUUGGAGGGCUUCAUUGCUGUGGUGACCCAAGAUGGCGACAUGAUCUUUCUAUCAGAAAACAUCAGCAAGUUCAUGGGACUCACCCAGGUAGAGCUAACAGGACACAGCAUCUUUGACUUUACUCAUCCCUGUGACCAUGAGGAGAUCCGUGAGAACCUGACUCUCAAAACUGGUUCUGGUUUUGGAAAGAAAAGCAAAGAUAUGUCCACAGAGCGGGACUUCUUCAUGAGGAUGAAGUGCACGGUCACCAACAGAGGCCGCACCGUCAACCUCAAGUCAGCCACCUGGAAGGUCUUGCACUGCACUGGCCAGGUGAAAGUCUACAACAACUGUCCCCCUCACAGUAGUCUCUGCGGCUACAAGGAGCCUCUGCUGUCCUGCCUCAUCGUCAUGUGUGAACCCAUCCAGCACCCAUCCCACAUGGACAUCCCCCUGGACAGCAAGACCUUCCUGAGCCGCCACAGCAUGGACAUGAAGUUCACCUACUGCGAUGACAGAAUCACAGAACUGAUUGGUUACCACCCCGAGGAGCUGCUUGGCCGCUCAGCCUAUGAAUUCUACCAUGCACUGGACUCAGAGAACAUGACCAAAAGUCACCAGAACUUGUGCACCAAGGGACAGGUGGUGAGUGGCCAGUACCGAAUGCUUGCAAAGCAUGGGGGCUACGUGUGGCUAGAGACGCAAGGGACAGUCAUCUACAACCCUCGCAACCUGCAGCCUCAGUGCAUCAUGUGCAUCAACUAUGUCCUGAGUGAGAUUGAGAAGAACGACGUGGUUUUCUCCAUGGACCAGACUGAAUCCCUGUUCAAGCCUCACCUGAUGGCCAUGAACAGCAUCUUUGACAAUAGUGGCGAGGUAUCUGAGAAGAGUAACUUCCUGUUCACCAAGCUGAAGGAGGAGCCCGAAGAGCUGGCCCAGCUGGCCCCCACCCCAGGAGAUGCCAUCAUCUCUCUGGAUUUCGGGAACCAGAACCCCGAGGAGUCCCCCUAUAGAAAGGCCAUCCUGCCCCCAGGCCAGCCAUGGGCUGCAGAGCUGAGGAGCCAUGGUGCCCAGAACGAAGCUGGAAGUCUGCCUGCCUUCACCGUGCCCCAGGUGGCUGCCCUGGGCAGCACCACCCCCAGUGCCACCAGCAGCAGCAGCAGCUGCUCCACGCCCAGCAGCCCUGGAGACUAUUAUUCAUCUCUGGGGGAUGACCUCAAGAUUGAAGUGAUAGAGAAGCUCUUUGCCAUGGAUACAGAGUCAAAGGAUCAGUGCAGCACCCAGACUGAUUUUAAUGAGCUGGACUUGGAGACUCUGGCGCCCUACAUCCCCAUGGAUGGGGAGGACUUCCAGCUAAGCCCCAUCUGCCCGGAAGAGCCAUGCUUGCCAGAGAGCCCGCAGCCCGCCCCGCAGCACUGCUUCAGCGCCAUGACAAGCAUCUUCCAGCCUCUGGCCCCUGUGGCCUCGCACGGCCCCUUCCUCCUGGACAAGUACCAGCAGCAGCUGGAAAACAAGAAGACAGAGCCCGAGCACCGGCCCAUGUCCUCCAUCUUCUUUGACGCCAGGAACAAGGGGUCACUGCCACCAUGCUGUGGCCAGGCUAGCACCCCUCUCUCUUCCAUGGGGGGCAGAUCCAACACACAGUGGCCCCCAGAUCCACCAUUACAUUUUGGGCCCACAAAGUGGCCUGCUGGGGAUCAGCACAUUGAGUCCUUGGGGGCAUCGCCAUUGGGGCCCCCCAUCGCCUCGCCCCAAGUCUCCUUGUUCAAGAUGAGGUCUGCAAAGGGCUUCGGGCCUCGGGGCCCAGACGCGAUGAGCCCGGCCAUGAUAGCCCUCUCCAACAAGCUCAAGCUGAAGCGCCAACUGGAGUGUGAGGAGCAAGCCUUCCAGGACACGAGUGGGGGGGACCCUCCAGGCGGCAGCAAUCCCCAUUUGAUGUGGAAACGCAUGAAGAGCCUCAGGGGUGGGAACUGCCCCUUGAUGCCUGACAAACCCCCGAGUGCAAGAGGCCCCACUGAUGACUUCACUCAAAACCCCAUGAGGGGCCUGGGCCAGCCCCUGAGACACCUGCCGCCACCGCAGCCGCCAUCUGCAAUAAGCUCCAGGGAGAACACCAAGAGUGGGUUCCCCCUGCAGUGCUGUGCCUCCCAGUACCAGAACUACAGCCUGCCAUCAACUCCCAAGGUGUCAGGCAUGGCAAGCCGGUUGCUUGGGCCUUCGUUUGAGCCCUACCUGCUGCCCGAACUGACCAGAUACGACUGUGAGGUGAAUGUUCCCGUGCCAGGAAGCUCCACACUCCUGCAAGGAGGGGACCUCCUCAGAGCCCUGGACCAGGCCACCUGAGCCAGGGCUUCCUCUGGGCACACCGCUGCCGACGCCGUCCCACCGGCCUCACCCUGCGUCUGUGUUUGCAACUAGGUAUCUCUAACACCAGCACACUUUUUACAAGAUGUACUUACCUGGUCAGUUUGCCCAGGUCACCAAGCAGUGGCCUUUUUCUGAGAUGCUCACUUUAUUAUCCUUAUUUUUAAAAUACACAGUUGUUUUACUUGCUAUGUUUUUUGCUGUCAAUUAAAAUGUUCUUAAAUUU